ACCGCCCGUCUCAGAAACAAACAUCCGCUGUAGCUUGCGGGAUUAUGAAAGCAUGACUAGCGACCUUUCUAUUACAACUGCGCCAGCGGAUCCAAGCGGACAGAUGGCUUUGGUUGGAUGGCUUAUCUAGCGCAUCGGCUCGGGCCGUCUCGCAUCGUCCUCCCCGGUGUGUCCGUGAUCAGACUCCUCGGUUCGGUCGGGAUGGACGACAUGGGUCUAUCGAUGAGUCGUUCCCCGCUGGAGCGCCUCGAUUUUGACAACGUCGCCCUCAGAAAACUUCCCCUGGACUCGUCCGAGGAGCCGGGGGUGCGGCAGGUGAAAGGUGCGUGUUUCUCCCGGGUGAAGCCGCAGCCGCUGACCAAGCCUCGGUUCGUGGCUGUGUCGCACGAAGCCCUGGCGCUGCUGGGGCUCAGCGGAGAGGAGGUCAUGAACGAUCCCCUCGGACCAGAGUAUCUCAGCGGAUCUAAACUUCUGCCUGGAUCCGAGCCCGCCGCUCACUGCUACUGCGGCCACCAGUUCGGCCAGUUCGCCGGACAGCUGGGCGACGGGGCGGCUUGCUACCUCGGGGAGGUGAAAGUGCCACCCGGUCAAGAUCCCGAACAGCUGCGGGAAAACCCGAGCGGCCGGUGGGAGAUUCAGGUGAAAGGAGCUGGACUGACUCCUUAUUCCAGGCAAGCUGAUGGCCGUAAGGUCUUGCGCUCCAGUAUAAGAGAGUUCCUGUGCAGCGAGGUGAUGUACUUCUUGGGUGUGCCCACCACCAGAGCGGGCUCCGUCGUGACCUCUGACAGCAGGGUCAUUCGAGAUGUGUACUACAGCGGGCACCCUCGCCACGAGAGAUGCUCUGUGGUCCUCCGUAUUGCUCCCACCUUCCUCCGGUUUGGAUCCUUUGAGAUCUUCAAGGAGACCGACGAGCACACGGGCCGCCGGGGGCCCAGCUAUGGACGCGAUGAGAUCCGAGGUCAGAUGAUGGAUUACGUCAUUGAGAUGUUUUACCCCGAGAUCCAGCAAAAUUACCCAGAUAGGGUGGAGAGGAACGUGGCUUUCUUCAGAGAGGUGAUGCUCCGUACGGCUCGACUUGUGGCUCAGUGGCAGUGUGUCGGUUUCUGCCACGGAGUUCUGAACACAGACAACAUGAGCAUCCUGGGACUCACGCUGGACUAUGGUCCAUACGGCUUUAUGGACAGGUUUGACCCAGACUUCAUUUGCAACGCCUCCGACAACUCCGGCCGAUACUCCUACCAGGCCCAGCCAGCUAUCUGCAGGUGGAAUCUGGUGAAGCUAGCAGAGGCUCUUGCCCCAGAGCUGCCACCGGACCGGGCUGAGGCCGUCAUGGACGAGUACCUGGAUCUGUAUAACGGCUUCUACCUCGAGAACAUGAGGAAAAAGCUGGGCUUACUGAAUCAGGACGAGCCUGAGGACGAGAUCCUGAUCACUGAGCUGCUGCAGACCAUGCACAACACAGGCGCUGACUUCACCAACACCUUCCGCAGCUUGAGUCAGAUUUCUUGUCCCAAUGCGGGAGAAAGUGAGGAAGAAGAGGAUGUCAGGAAAGCUGCAGACCUCCUGCUGGAGCAGUGUGCCAACUUAGAGGAGCUCAAGGCCGCCAACAAACCCACUAUGGAUCCACGUGAGCUGGCGAUGCUGCUCUCUAUGGCACAGAGCAACCCAGCGCUGUUCCAGAUGAUCUCAGACAGGACGACAAUUGCGAGGCAGUUAGACAGACUCAGCAAACUGAAAGACCUGAUGGAGACCAGCCAGGAAGAGUUGAAAAUCAAACAGGCAGAGGAGUGGAGCCGCUGGAUCACACGCUACAGGAAGCGUCUGGCUCGGGAGCUGGAAGGCCAGUGCGAUGUGCAGGCUGUGCAGGAGGAGAGGGUGAGGGUCAUGGACAGCACCAACCCUCGCGUCAUACUCAGGAACUACAUUGCCCAGAAUGCAAUUGAGGCUGCUGAGAAUGGAGACUUCUCUGAGGUCCAGCGGGUCCUCAAGGUUCUGGAGAAGCCUUUCUCUUCGCAGCCAGGUCUGGAGCUCCCUGCAUGGGUGGGCGGAGGCGAGGCCACCGAACAGGGAGAGAGGGAUGAGGGAGAGGAGCAACAGCAGGCAUCUACAUCUACAGCCAGAACUCCUGUUCCCUAUGACAGCAAGCCCCCAGCUUGGGCCAAUGAAAUCUGUGUCACAUGAUCUUCGUAAUAACUUCCUUGAUUGUUUGCUUUCCUGUCUAAAGUGAUCAGAGAGUUCAUUGAUUUUACCUUUUAUGCCCCCCCCCCUUCUUCCAGUCACUGUGCAACUCUCUAUUACUUUGGCAGGCAGCAUCAGGGAAGUUAGCAUGAGAUACGACACCCCACAGGCUACCGAUGUUAAUCAAAGCAGACUGGGAAUGAGUUGAGUUUUGUGUUGCAAAUCCAUAUAGUUACAAUAUGACAACACUAUCUGGUAAAAAAGCUUUUAAGCUUACCAUAUAUGCCAGUAAAUGGCUUUGACGUGAUUAUUUGCUUUUAUGGUUUCAAGCAGCUUGCUUUUACUUUUAGAAGUGACUGAAUUUGAAAGAUGAGGGGCUGGCUAGGUCAUCUAUAAAACAAUGGUGACAGGGUGGGAUUUUUGUGGAUGCUCCCCGAAUGCAAAGAAUAAUGCAGUGUAUGAAAGAUAUCAGGCACACAACAAAAGACAGCAGAAAAAUACAUCCAACAAAGUCAGCUCUUUCCCUGUCCGUUUAGUGUUUGACCGGUUGUUAAUGACGACUCAGACAACAAGUUCUACUGUGACCUGUCUGACUCUGACAAACUGUGGGGUGUCAACUCAACAUAUACCAAAUAAUAUAGUGUGUGUGUGUGUGGGUGUUCUUGAGAGAGAGCGAGAGCGAGAGAUUAUAUUUUUAUGUUUUGGGGCAUGCAUGUGGUUGAAAGUGAAACUUGAUUCAAUAAGCCGCAGUAGAUAAACACGCACAAUAUAUUGACCUGUAAUAGAAAACAUUGCCUUUUACCACUGUUAUAGCACCACUUUAUAGGCACAGAGCCACAAACAUAACUUACCUUUUUUGCUACUUAAUGUGUUCAGUGAGCAUAGACACGAAACUACGGAACAAAACUACAGUGGAUCUAGAGUCCAGCAAAGGAAAAAAUGGGAACUACGUGUUAAAUUUGUCUGUUUUAGUCAGAACCAUACAAAUGUAUUUGGGGAAGUUUAUUGUCGAUUGUGCCACAGAUGUGAUGCUAUCAGGCAUGGGUUUUUUGAAAGGGGAAAAACAAAAAUCUUCACCACAGUUAAUGAGCACUGAUUAUAACUUGCUCUAUUUGAACCAGAAUCAGUUUGUUGGUUUGACAAAUUAAUUCAAGAUUUGUUUAUCACAAUCAGACCACUAACGCUGGACUUCCACACAAAAAAUGACAGAAAUUGACAUGCAAUUAGAUAAUGUAUGAGUUAUAUUUUCCUUAAUAAAUAUGAAUGAAUAUGCUUCAGGUCUUGUUCAGUUCCAAUAAACAGAGCAGUCACUAGAAA